AUGAUCCAGCCGGGGCUUGAGCGGAUUGGCCGUCUGCUCCAGAACGUCCAGUUUCCCUGGAAAGCCGUACACGUCGCCGGGACCAACGGCAAGGGCUCUAUAUGUGCCUACACGAGCAAUCUGUUGACGCGCAGACAACUCGCAAACGGCCGCUUCACGUCCCCUCACUUGGUCAACAGAUGGGACUGCAUCAACAUUAACAAUGAACCGGUUGAAGAACAGGAGUUCCUCAGAAUCGAGAAUCAUUAUAAGCAGCUGAGCGAGCGGGAGAAUAUCGAAGCCUCCGAGUUCGAGCUCCUCACCGCAACCGCGUUCACCCUGUUCAACGAGAAACAGGUCGAGGUCGGCAUCAUAGAGGUGGGCAUGGGCGGCAAGCUCGAUGCUACCAACAUCUUAAACAACCAAGUUGUCUCCGUCGUGUCCAAGAUUGCUCAAGACCACCAGGGCUUCUUAGGCAACACGCUCGAGGAAAUUGCGUCGCACAAGGCCGGCAUCCUGCGACCCAAUGUUCCGUUCAUCGUGAAUCCCAUGAACGAGUUUCGUGUGCACGAAGUUAUCGAAAAUUAUGCGAAAGAGAUAGGAGCCGGGCCGCGAAUUCUGGUAGAUACCGAGGAACUCAGGAACGAAAUUUACAAAACCAAAUACUGGAAACAAUUCUCCGAAAGCCUGCUUCCCUUCCAGCGCGACAACGCUAUCCUGGCUUUGCUUGCAUAUUUCGAAGUACUCAAAAGCCUUGGGCUGAACGUGAAAACAAUCAACACCCUGAAGAUGCUUGAUAAGAUGCGGAACAAAGUGACUCUUCCGGGACGCAUGCAGAUGGUGUACGUCCCUGUCGUUUUUGCGAAAAGGCAGGGGGUCCUGGUCGAUGGUGCUCAUAAUCCAGAUGCUGCCCAGAGCCUCAAAGCAUAUGUGGAUCAGAAGAUGAGACACAAACAAGACGAUCGGGAUGCCCCGAUAACGUGGGUCCUGGCCAUGACAGAGGGGAAGGAUCCUCGUCAAGUUCUUCAAAUCCUCCUCAAGCCCGGCGACUACGUCGUCACCACUGCAUUUGACCCCGUUGAUGGCAUGCCUUGGGUAAGAUCUAUGGACCCGAACGAAUUGCUGAGUAUCGCGCGAGAGGUCUGUCCUCGCAUCACAGGUUUAGCCGUACCGAAGCGCGGCGCAUAUCGGGCGUUGUGCACCGCAAAAUACCUGGCGAGAUUAACGAAACGUGAACAAAUCGUCCUAACAGGCAGCCUGUACCUUGUUGGCGAUUUUUUUCGCGACCACGAAGUUGGACGGCAGUCUUUCAAGUAUGAGAAGGGCUUCCCAGCCAUACGGGAGAUUGAUCUGGAUGAGAAGGCCCGUGUGAAUGAAUUUCUCGAAGACGUCGCACGGGGCGCACCUGGAGCUGGGAGUGCCCGUUUGAAUGAGCUUAGCGAGGAGAGAAGAUGGAGCCCUUUUGGAACGAAUCUUCAAAAAGUGAACGAAGUACACAGCUCGCCAGCAACGUCAGUCUCAUCUUCGCCCAUGCAGGGCGAAUCUGAAAACCUUAGAAAACUGCGGAUUGAAAUUGCACAGCUGGAAAGGGAGAUGCAGUCCUUCCAGGUUGUCAAUUCCAAGAGUGCCCCCAGCACCCCGCCAGAGAAGGACAAGUUCUUCCAAGACUUUGGGGACUUUCGCGCUCAAGCAGAGGACUUUCGGCCAAGGAAAGAUCCUCAAGUGGAACAUCUCCCGUGGCAGAAAGGAUUCGACUUCGCCGAAAUCACAGAGAAGCCAAAAGAACGCCGGUUCAAACCCGUUGGCGAUGCGCCAAUCAGAGAAGCAACACCACUCAAGAUUCGAAAGUUUGCCAAUGCGGACAAGAAGGAUCCUCACAGGUCUCUGGAUCAGAUGAUAAAAGAUGCAGAGGAGCAAUUCAAUCCGGUGAAGGAUUCUACUGAAGCCACAUUAGCCUGGGAUCAGAUAGUAAGAGAGGCUGAGUUGCAGGCAGAUGGAGCCAGCGGCAAGUCUAGACGCCGACGAAGGCGCGCGGACUCGUUUUGA